AUGGUUACCCAUCCUCACCAGUCUAAGAAGAAACGCGUUGAGGACCAGCUCCCCGCCGACAUCGGCCUCAAGCCUGUCCAGUUACAAAGAAGACGGGUAUGGAGAGCAUGUGAAUCUUGCAGACGCAAGAAGAUCAAGUGCGACGGCAACGAGCCAACCUGCUCUCAAUGCGCUGCCUCCAAGUCGCAGUGUACGUGGCUCCAGACUAAAGACAGGGCGGCGCUCAGCAGACACUAUGUUCAAGAGCUCGAGGCACGUCUUUUGCAUAUGGAGGCUCUCUUCCAGCAGGUCGCUCCCAUUCUCGAACAAGUUGGUGUCAACGCUGUCGAUAUGCCUGGUGUCACAUCUUCUGCGCCACCACUGCCAGGCGCCAGCCCUGCAAACGUCCUUCAGACAGUGCUGCCUCAGAUCAAGAAUGCCUCAAGAUCGAGCAGCUCCGACGGCUCUAGGACGGAUGGAGGCACUCCAAUCAAGGUGGAGGAUGACGUUUCGGAAUCGUUCGGACAGUUGGCACUUGACGAGCAUGGGCAUAUGCACUGGAUCGGUGGUUCAUCCACGAUGUCCCUCAUACAAUCGUUCCGCGCUAUGACUACCUCCCCUCUUCACCGUAUUUCACCGGUGGAUGAGGAUCCUUCCGUGCCUGGACCGAGCGUCGACAAACUGUACUUCCCUGCGUCCGUAUUCUUUGGAAAGGUUCAUGCCUUGCCUCGCCCGGAGGAGGUAGAAUACCCCGAUCGUGAUCUUGCAGACAAGCUGGUCGAUGCAUACUUCACCAAGUUUCAUUUCCUCAUGCCCGUGCUCGACAAGCCGUCAUUUCUACGACGAUACGCAUAUUUAAUGGAUCAUACUCAUGACGUCGACCUGGCCAGAAACCAGACUGCUUUUAUCGCGCUUGUAUGCGCAGUGUUCGCCGUUGCCUCGAGGUUCGUCAACGACAUCCGCCUAUCCAAGGCUGAGAACUUGGAUGAUGGAGGGAUGGGCAUGGUCUUUUACGAGCGAGCAUUGAUACUGCACUACAUCAGUCAUGCUUCCACCCAGCUGGAACAUGUACAGUGUUUCCUGCUGAUGUCUUCAUUCUUGUGUUCUGUGAACUGUCUGCCACAAGCCUGGUUGCUUGUCGGCCAAGCCGUACGGACUGCGCAGGAUAUCGGGCUCCACCGAUCACCUCGACGGUUGCUCAUUACAGCAAUCGAAAAGGAGACUCGGCGCAAGGUCUGGUGGGGCGUCUACACGCUAGACCGGAUGCUUGCUCUUGCCCUUGGACGCCCGCUCGCAACUGAGGAUGCGGACUGCGAUGUUGAGCUUCCGGUUGACGUGGACGACGAGUACCUGCAGGCUUACUUCGGCGGUGCCACGGUACCUCAGCAGAGUCCGUCGCUCAUGAAAGGCUUCGUCGAGCUCACGCUCCUAUACAAGAUCGCUGGUCAUGUCUUGCGGCAGGUAUAUGCACUUGACAAGUGCCGAGAUCAUCUCGAGCCCGAAAAGCGUGCUGAGCUGCGGCAUGCGGUGGAGUCGCUUGAUCAGGCACUUACGAAGUGGUGCGACGAUCUUCCCGCGGUAUUCAAGUCUCGCCCCAUCACCGACCAGCAGGCGUCGAUGGGCGCCGUGCUCUGCAGUCAUUACUAUUCAAUUCUCACCACACUUCAUCGGAACUUCCUCCCGCUCAAAUAUGACCAGCCGGUUUCCCCGCGGUCGACAGCAAAGGCUGUCCAAACUGCACAUGCAUGCAUUCGCCUCGCCCCGGCUAUCAAAGACGUGGUUCCUCCUUGCCACCACCUCGCGUUUUUCAUCCAGAAUCUCUUCAGCUCUGCCGUGAUCAUCCUCCUAUACGCGAUGCAUGCACGUGACCCGAGCGCAUCCCAGGCGGCAAUGGACGAAGCGACCAGCUGCCUAUCCGUGCUCGAGUCGUGGGAGGGGCACUGGCCCGGAGCGCGCAAGUGUAAGGAACUGUUGGAGGACCUCAUGGCAACUGCACGGGAGGCGAUCAGGGCGUCCGUGAGCGGCCAGCGGAGAGGCGGUGCGAAUUCGUCCCCUGUGAGGUUCGAUUCUCCGGCUUCUGCGCUUCCUGAAGGACGCGUGUCUUCCGCGAUACCCAUGCCUAUGUCCGAACGUCUCAUCAAGUCUAAGCCAAGACGGAACAGUUCGCGUGAUCCGCGUUUCUCACCACACCAGGCGGUCGCUGGCAUGCAGUUCCGCCCUGACUCCCAAAGAGCGCGAUCUACGUCCCGGAAACGUCCCCACGAUGAUGAUACUUUCCAAGACGCAGGCAGCCAGUCGUUCGGGAUCUUGUCGAGUUCGUACCCCGGGCGAUCCCCGCUCAGCACCCACAGCUCUCCCGUGUCUGUGAACAGUCAGCCCUCUCCGAGUCAGCCUACAUUGGAUUUCCCCACCGAAAGGAGCCCCCGCAUGAUGCCGGCUUCCACGUACGCGCAAAUGAACAUUCCCCAGUCGCCUGCUAUGGCGAUCCCCUCUUCACGAUUUGAUUACGACUUUGGAUUGUCGCAGAGUCCGUCGGAGAAGUGGGCUGCUCUGGAAGGGCAGAGCAACGGUCUGAGGCUCUUCCCUUCCGGCUCGCAAUCUCAACAGGGCCAGUCCCAGCCACCAUAUUCUCCGACUAGCUUUGGCCCUCAGCAAUCCUCCGGCCUCGAGCAUGCGUAUAUCGGUUACGACGGUGUCGGGACAGACCCGUCAAUGUUUGGCCUGCCGGGCUCGUCGCCACCCUCCACGAAUGGGUUCGUUGCGCCGGGGCUUCCUUUCCGAGGUCUUGACUUCAUCAGGAAUUACAAUCCGUCUGGCUUCCCCGUCGGCGGCGACCAGGAAUGGCACACGUUCGACCCUACUGCGUUCGGAUAUGACCCUGAAAUUCCCUUCACGCUAGGCGAGCCUGCGAUGGAUGGGCAGCAGUGGCAGAAUGGACAAUAGUUCGCGGCGUACGCCUGCUUGUGUCGUGGAUAUGAAUGCCGUUUUACGUGCUACAUUACUAAUGACCGACGUAAAGACAUUGUUGCGUACGUCCUGGAAAGUCCGUUGCUCUUGUAUUACGACCCUGUAUCACUAGCCAUGUGUGCUCGUACUCUAUCUGUAUGCUGUCCUACCACUGUUAUAUUCGCUAUCAUUAUAUUAGUACUGUCCGCUUUCCUCAAUGCAUUCAUGCUCGCUUGAACGUCUCAGCC